GCAGCAUCACCACACAGCACAUGUCAUAAAGUGUCACCUGUGACUCAGCUGUUGCCCAGUGAACAAAACAUCUGCAGCCCCUGCAAUGAAAAUGGGAUUCCAAUAUGUACUGCCUGUAUAAACAGCAUCUUCACAUUUGAAGAUGAAUGUUGACUUAAAAGAUGUCUAAUGACAAGACAAAGGUAGGCAGUGCAAUUAUAGGCUGUAUAGACAAUAACAGAGCCAGAACUCUGAUGGUCUCCAAUGACAGAGAGUCGUUUCAGCUUAAGAAACUUAAUCGCUCUAUAGAAACUAUGAAAUCAGUGAAUGACAAUCUGCGGAAGCAUGAGCAGAGAAAGGUACAACGAAACCUUGCAAAGCUGACAGAUGUCUCCACUUCUGGUGCAAACAGCAGCAUAUACCAGAAGCCAAGCAAUUGUGAUAGAACAGAACCAGAAGCUUCAACUGGAAGAUCUGCUAUUCCACAUUCUGAUCACUUGUUCAGCUUUGCCAGCUUCCUUAAGCAGCCUUUUAGACAAUUAAACAGCACAGAAAAAAAGAAGAGUAAAGCUUAUGUACCUUUCAGCGGUGGUGGGCCAUCUUCUAUGGGCUUAAACACUACAAAACCUCAGAAUGACUUAGGGCUUGCGAGCUGGUCGAAGAGUUCAAGCUUACACAGAGGAGCCAGUCCGUCCCAGUGCUUAUGCCAGCAAUCAAGAUCCAUCUACGUUGCAGACUCCACAGCAAUGCUUUCAUCCCAACAUAUAUUAUGUGGAAGAAAGUAUCCACGUGCCAGUGCAUCUGGUAAUCCAGCCUUUGAGAGGAGACUGCAGGAACUGUUGUUAAAAGAUUGUCAAGAAGGAAAAUGUAAGAGCACCUCAGAUCUCCCACACAUGCAGCCACAUGACGCAUUAAGAUGCAGAUAUCUGCGAUUGACAGAAAGCAACAUAAGUACAUUGUUACAGAAAUGUGAAGAUUCUGGAAUGCACAUUGACAUUCACCCACAUAUGAAAGAAUCAGACAUUGGCAUUAACUCCCUCAUGCCUUCAGAAGACAUUAAUGCUGUGUCCCUGUAGCAGAUGCCCAGACUCCGAGCUCUUAGUUACUGCUUAGUGUCUAAUAGUGAAAAAUCAAAAAAUACAACGUGAGCAGUGUUAUGCACUAAUUCCAUUAUUACUUAUAGCCAUAAUAGACUGGUGAAGUAAAUAAAGUUCAAUUGGUGCAAACAA